AUGGUGACUACGAGGUCGGAGGCGCUGAGGGGCCCGUGGGGGGAUCGCAUGAGAGAGCACCCCCAGGGAGGAGAGUCUUCCUCAAGAUCGUCUCCCACGCUGGAAAUCCUUAAUGAGAGAAUAGCUCAGAUGGAAAAGGAGAUGUAUGAGUUGGAAAAAAAGAAUGCCGAACUGCAGCGACAGCAUGCGGAAGAUUCGAACUCGGCGACCCCACAGCCUGUCAGGGAAGAAGAGCAGGGCGAAGAAAUGCAACCGAGCAGUCGAGGAGGACGGAGAGAAAGAAAGAAGAACCAAAAUGCCGUGGAUCAAAAACCCCAGAAGAACAAGACGAAGAAAAGGAUGGACAAAAAGCUCAAGGAGAUUAUUGAGAAACUGGAGCAGAGGUGUGACCUACUGACGGAAGCGGCGCAGCACCAGCGCAACGGGAGCACGUCUAGAGCCGGAGAUCUGCUCCAGAAGUCGGCUUCCCCAUUUGCUGACCGAGUGGCCUCGUUCCGCCUCCCCGAGAAGUUUAAAGUCCCCGAUAUCAAGACCUACACCGGGCAGGAGGACCCGAUUGAGCACUUGGAUAACUACCGCGCUCACCUCGAAUUGCAGGGGACCCCUGAUGAGGUGGCAUGCCGCGCCUUCCCGCUGACCUUGUCAGGAAAUGCCAGAGAUUGGUAUAGAAGGCUUCCCCCGAAGUCUAUACAAAACUUUGACGAAUUCGGAAAAAUGUUCGUAACUCAAUUCAUGGCGGGAGUUGUAAGAAGGAAGCCGGCAGGCACUUUAAUGUCGAUACAACAAGGGCGAGAUGAGUCCCUUAAGGAGUUCCUCCAACGCUUCAAUCAAGCAAGGCUCACUACCGAGAGCCCCACCGAAGAGUUCGUGCAUUCGGCACUUUAUCAGGGGAUAAGGAAAGAUGGGCCGCUGAUGGCUGACCUCGCCCGGAAGCCAACUCGUUAUCUGCAUGAGUUCAUGGAGAGGGCAGACGAGUUUAUCAACCAAGAAGUGACUCUUCGAGCGUUGCUCGGGAAAGGAAUCGCCCAAACCUUUAAUCAGGGGGAUAAGCCUAAGAAAAAGAAGGAAUUCCACAAGAAGCAGGAUACAGCGGAGCCCGGGAUUAAGAAGAAAUUCCAGGAUUACAACUGGACCCCCCUCAACGCGCCCAUCGAAGAGGUCCUGGUGGCGAUUAAAGUGGAUCCCAUGUACGAGAAACCUGCGGAGAUAGUGGGAACUCCCCACCCGAGGACCGCUGACCACUAUUGCGCUUUCCAUGAGUCAAAGGGGCAUAGUACAGAGAAUUGCAGGUCCUUGCGGGCAUUAAUCGAGAAGUUUAUCCGAAACGGGAAGCUAGUUCGUUUCCUGGCAGGUCAGCGGGGCCCGCCUGGGUUUGAUUGGAACCCCCAGCCCGAGGAACGAAGGAAUCAGCCGCAGAGAUAUCGGGAAGAGCCCAGAGAAAGGAUGGAACGUCCCCGGGAUCGUGAUAGAGAGCCUAACAACCGACCUGCCGAUCGGGACAGGCGAGAGAGAAGCAGGAGCCAAGCACAGCUGCCUGGUCGGGAAAACCUCCGUGAAAUUCAUACAAUAUCCGGCGGUUUUGGAGGUGGAGGAGACUCAAGUGCGGCGCGUAAAGCAUAUGCGAGGCAUCUCAAGGAGUUCGAGAUAUACUCGGUCCAGAGACCGCAAAAAAUGAGGAAGUAUAAGGACUUACUCAUUGGUUUCUCAAAUGAAGAUUUUGUUGGGGUCUCGCUCCCCCACUCGAACGCUUUGGUGGUGACUUUAGCGAUCGUCAAUCAUAAGAUACACAGGGUCCUUGUCGACACCGGGAGUUCGGCCGACAUAAUAUAUAAGUCAGCCUUCGAGUUGAUGAGCAUAGGUCAAGGGAAGUUGGUCCCGGUGAAGGGUCCCUUGGUCGGUUUUUCUGGAGAACAGGUCCUCCCUAUAGGGUCUAUUGACCUACCGGUUAUGGCGGGAACUAGCCCCCAGGAGAAAACGGUUAUGGUGAAAUUCUUAGUUGUGGAAGGGCGGUCGGCUUACAACGUUAUCCUGAGGAGGCCAGCCCUGAAUGAUUUGGGGGCCGUAACCUCAACCCCCCACCUGUGCAUGAAGUUCCCGACUAACUCAGGAGUUCCGCAUGUGCUACAUCACCACCCUGAAGGCUGGCCACACGGAAGAUGCCGGGGAAGAGGAGAAAUAGCAAAUACAGUCCUUGGAACCGACAGAGGACUUCGAAGAGUUCGAAGUUGGAGGUCUGGGUGA